UCUCAUCCCAUCUCUCCCCCGUCUUCUCGAACUCUCCAUCUCGGGAUCUCGCCCACCCACCACUCCACCCCCUCUCCUCUCCGUGCGCCGCCGCAGAAUUCCUCGCCGCCGCCGCCGCCGCCGCCGCCGUGAGGUCCAUCGAGAUCGCGACCGGAGCAGGUGCAGGUUGCGAUGGCCCGCGUGUACGUCGGAAACCUGGAUCCCCGCGUGACGGCGCGGGAGCUCGAGGACGAGUUCCGCGUCUUUGGAGUUCUUCGGAGUGUAUGGGUCGCAAGAAAGCCACCAGGUUUUGCAUUCAUUGAUUUUGAUGACAGGAGGGAUGCUCAGGAUGCAAUUCGUGAUAUAGAUGGCAAGAAUGGAUGGAGAGUUGAGCUGUCUCGUAAUGCAAGCAGUGGUCGUGGUGGCCGUGAUCGAUAUGGUAGCUCUGAGAGCAAGUGUUAUGAAUGUGGUGAGACUGGGCACUUUGCUCGUGAAUGCCGUUUGAGGAUUGGUUCCGGGGGUCUAGGCAGUGGAAGGCGUCGUAGCAGGAGCCGCAGCCGCAGCCGAAGUCCCAGGUACCGCAGGAGUCCAAGCUAUGGCAGAAGAAGUUACAGCCCUGCAGGGCGCUCUCCAAGGCGUCGUAGUGUGUCACCGGCUCGUGCACGCAGCUAUAGCAGGUCACCACAAUACAACCGUGGCCGUGAUGAAUCUCCUGCCUAUGAUAACGGAUAUCGCCGCAGCAGAAGUUAGAGCUGAACCUGAUGUCUAAAGACUGCUGUUACAAAUGUUACUUUGUGGGUUGUCAGCUAUGAACAAUGCCCUACUCCAAAUAUCAUCAUCAACUCUGGACUUUGAUUAAGGUUCUCAUAACUUAUCUACCUUAUUAUGCUUUGUGUUUGAAGUUAUAUUACUCGAGAAACUUAUGAUUGGAUGUGUAUUCAACUAAGUUCAACUGUCUUUCUGUGUGUCAAUAAGGCAUCGGCCUGCACUGCUUAAACGACUCGGCCGACUACGGCUACCAGUUAUAUCUUCGUGGUUGUGUUCUUCGCUCUUCAUUCUACGCGCGCCCUCGCCUGCUUCAUGCAAACGUCAUACAGCCCCAUUAGUUGCUGCCUACAACACCUCUUCGUGAUCCAUAUACUUCGUUGAAGAUGCUGCUCAUCAGAAAACAGUAAUCGCCUUCUUUUAUCGUAAUAAAAAUUUGGUCAUAUUGUCUUCGGAACAACAGUAAGUGCAGCAUCUGGAAGUAUUGGUGAAACAAAGUUCUUCGUAGGCAUAGACUCCAGAAAAUGAAUCUGCAAUCCGAGGAGCUGCAGUAUUCAGUUGGAUGAUUUACACCCCUGCCCAGUCCGUCACGCCUUGUGGCAGGUAAAUGAGGUCACCAGAGGAGUGCUUUUUGACAAGGCCGAUUUCAGCUCAGCAAGCACUGUAUCUGUGCAAGCCUGCUUAAGAUUUUGUUGGAUGCAGCCAGAGGUUUUGCUCUCCAUGAUCUUCCUUCUGCACUCGCUCAGCCUGCCUCAGCCUACCCUGCGUGCUGCCGUCUAGCCAAGAGCCUUCGCCACCACUGCUUCCCCGACGUCGCCUUCGUUUCCAUUGCUUCCCCGACGUUUGAUUUCAUUUGCUUAGCAUUUGUUCGUCAAAUUAAUGUGGUGAAUGGUUAUUUCUUAGGGAUCUACGGGUGAAAAAUGCCAGAUGUUAUUCUAUUUCGUCGUCGAAAUGUGAUCAUUAUUCAUAUCA